AUGAGGUUCUCCGUCAGUGAGAUGGUCCCGACAGCAUCGAAGACGGUAUUAUCGAGGACCCUUCGCGGUGCGAGUUCCAACCGGGUGUCUCCGAUGCUCAGGCCGCAAGAGGUAUCCACAGAUGAUUGUCCGAGUCCCAUUCAGUUCGAGACGGUGCUGCGGAUUUAUAGUCCUCUCCGCGAUCAGGAUGGACGGAUGAUCUUUUCUGGUAUGCAGCCCGGCAGUGAAGUUAAAGCGGCGCAGGAACUAUACCGCGAAUGUUUCCAAAAUGUAAUCUACACCCCAGACUGGAACACCAUCUACUUCACCAUCCACGACGCGCUCCUCGCAGAUCUACAAAUCCCAUCAGUGAUCUAA